AUGCCGUGCCAAGAAAUCCGCACAAUUGUUUGCUCUCAUGAUUUGGCUGCUUUGCAGGAGCAGUCCCUUUUGCAGACUUCUUUGGAGGUAAGCCUUUUCUCCAAUGCAUCUUCAGUUUUGGGGGCUGAAGGUUGGCAGCUACGAAAUGAGAGCUGCUUCACAGAUGGCUUGUUGCCCAUUCCUGGGACCAAGCCGCUCUUGCUACAGCUUGGCACCGUGCACGAACUCACCAACAUCAAGGACAAGACGGUCCAUAGCACACAGACUUCGUUAGUGCUCUACUUCUUGGAUUGGGGGCAUCUGAGGCCGACCCUCAUUAUGUCAUGCUACCUUUGCCUCUACCUCUUCUCUAUUGUCUCAAUCAACUACCACAUGACGGUGAGCUCGCAAAAAGCAAAGGAAGAUAAACAUAAGUUCGAAGUGGUUUCUCAGGACAGUUGCUUGGAGGACGAGGUCUACAAUAGAAGUCCAUUGAGUUGGCUUUGCGUGUCAUGGCUCAAUCCCAUGGUGGCACGUUUAGGUGCCUCCUGGAGCAGCGCAAUGUCCAAAUGCAAUCCAGAGGAUUUGGCUCCGUUGAAUCCGCCUGAAUUCCAGGCAUACCAUGCAGGCAAUCGCUUUGAAGACCUAUGGAACGAGGAGGUCGCAAAGUUUGGUGACCAGGCAAGCUUUGUCAUGGUGAUGAUUCGGCUUUGGACAUUCAAACGUAUUGCCCUGUUUCAGCUCCUCCUGUUCAUCCAUGUUGUCGUGGGAAACGUGUACCAGGUGUUCCUAAUUCAGCAUUCUUUGAAUUACUUUUUUUGGCUGCAGACGCACGUGAGAGAAAACGGAGGGCAGUUGCCUGAUAUGACACAGCCCAUUUUGUUCUCUAUUGUUGCAUUUUCAGUGCAGCCUUUGUUGUUCGCCGUACUUUGUUCGUAUGAGGCAAACCUGUCCAUCAAAUUUGAUCAGAGCACGGCCGGUGUAGCCACAACAAUGUUUAAGAAAACGCAACGUCUCCCUGCAUCCGCGUUGGCCUCUGACACCAAGCAGAUCGAUGAGAAGCCUGGGGAGCCUGCGCCACCCCCGGCAACGCGGAAGCCGAAUGCCAUGAUGGUCAUCAACAAUGAUUUGAUUGCAAACUUUCACGGGCUAGUCUUCAGCUUUGCUAUGACUGCCAACGCAACCGUGACAGUGGCACUGCUGCUGAUAAUGAUGGCUGUAAAGCUGCGUUUGGCGACGUUGUUUUGUUUGGCGGUGGCUAUUCCAGCCUUGACGCUGUCCUUGAUUCUGAGCGGGGCCAUGGGUAUCAACAUGAUGCAGCUGCAAGAUGUUAUGGACAAAAGAAUCUACAUGAUCAGAGAGAUCAUGAAGGGCAUUCGGAUAGUGAAGUGCUAUGCCUGGGAAGCUGCCAUGGAGGAUCAGAUCAGAAAGCUUCGAACCCGCGAGCUCUCGUUCUUGAACCAAUACUUCAAGCUGUGCAGUAACUUCGUGGCGUUGUUCAACAUUUUUCCGAGGGUGUUGACCUGUGCGGGGCUUUAUGGCUUCAUUCGCCUGUACGGACGGCAUGAUCUGGCAUCCAUUUUUGCUUGCCUCCAGAUCUUGGCAUCCCUCCGGCAAGAAAGUUCCCUCCUAUCGAAUGGUUUGCAGAAAUUGGUCACAAUCCGAAUCAGCGCUGCCCGGAUUCAAGCAUUCCUCCACUUGGAAGAAGCACCCGUGUUGCCAGGAAUCAGUGAGCCAAGCUGGGUUGAUGUGUGGCCACGCUCUGGAGGUUCACCUCGCAGCUUUCAACUGAAAGGCAGCUACAAGUUCAGUCGUGAAACUGAGGCUCCAACAGUGCUUCACGACAUCUCUUUGGAGGUCAAGCCUGGGGAGAUGGUUGCAAUUGUUGGCUCUGUUGGCUCUGGGAAGAGCACACUUUUGGAGGCUUCGUUGGGAGAGCUUUAUCCAGUGGAGGCAGAACAUGCAUUUUUAUCAAGACCUCAUGUGGCCGGAUACUGUGCCCAAGUUCCUCACAUCGCAGAGGGAACCAUCCGAGAAAACAUUGUAUUUGGCUGCCCCUUUGAUGAGGCUCGCUACUGGAAGGCCAUCUCUGCCUCAGGGUUGGAGAGCGACUUGCGGCUCUUGCCAGGAGGCGAUCAUGCCUUUAUUGGAGCUCGGGGUAUCAGCCUGUCUGGAGGUCAAAAGGCCCGGGUGGCUUUGGCACGGGCCGCCUACAAUCCAAAGGCGGAACUUUUGCUCUUGGACGACCCUUUCGGGUCUGUAGAUGCUCCAACUGGCUCAUGGAUCUUGGAGGAGCUGCUUUGUGGCCCACUGCUCCAAGACCGCGCUCGCAUUGUUGCACUGCAGCCCGAGAUGGAACGACUGCGCAAAUUUGACAAGGUUUAUGUCAUGUCCAAUGGGCGCAUUGUCACAGGUGGAACGCCAUCAGAGGUUGCUGAAACGGAAGAGUUCAAGACGCUGCAGCGCAGCUGCAGUGACGAGGAGGAGGAGGAGACAACUGAAAUCGCAUCCAUUGGCACCCAGAAGGAGAAGGGGCAGCAGCGCCCAUCCGGCAUCUCAUCCCAGUUAGUCCCGGCCACAAGCCUGCGCGAUAGCGAAACUGAAGGUCGACCAAGCUGGGACAUGGCCAGCUCCUAUAUUGCCAUUGGAAAAUGGCGGAACCUGGGAAAUUCCAUGAUAUUCUUCUCCUUGGUGCUCUUCCUCUAUUUGCUUUGCGACAUUUCGCUGGCCAACUGCACAAACGCUUUGGCAAUUAAUGCUGACGCACCCACUGGAAAAUACUUCAGUGGCUACCUGUUCUGGCUUGCAGCGGGGACUGUCUUCCUGUACAUCGGCUGGUACUUUGGAGCAGCCUUUACCCUGCGUAUCUCUGCCAAAAUCCACAGCGAUGUUGUCAAGCGGCUUCUUCAUGCUCCGAUUGAUCGAUUCUUUGACAAGCAUCCAGUGGGCCGCAUCAUGAAUCGCAUCACAAUGGACAUGACUACCAUUGACCUCUAUCUCUUCUUGAAGAUUUCUGGGAGUAUCAUGAUCCUCUUUCAGACAAUGGUCCCACUGGCAUACAUCCAUUCCAUUAUGCCGCUGUCCAUGACUUUCUUGUCGCUCCCCUUCUACUACGUCGUAGCUUCAUUGUACACCAGAUAUCAGAACACUACCGUACCGUUACGGUACUGUUUCAAGACGCAGACCUCCAGAACACAAAGCUAUUUAUCAGAUGUUAUGACCAACACUGUGGUCGUCCGCGGCUUUGGCGAGCAAACUCGCUUGACCCAGGAAUACGCUGAAGCUGUCGAUUGCUCCUUGAAGGCCGAUCUCACAGAUGACCGGUUGAUGAAGCGCUGGCUUUGCAAUCGCGUGAAUUACUUGUGGACUUUCUACAAUUCCGUCACAUACAUCAUCGGCCUUUACAACUGUGCAUGGAUGGGCCCUGGCACCCUAGGUAUUGCUCUGACCAAUCUUCUUCUCUUGGAGUCUAUGAUUGAACCUAGCCUUGACAUGAUGGCUGGUGCCCUUUUUGAGCUCAUCGCUUUGGCCCGUGUGCACGAGUACACCGAGGAUCCCGACGGCUUCGAAAGCCAGAAGGGUGGAAGGCGUGCUUCGCCACGUGCUUAG